GCACAUUGUGUUUGCGUUCGUUACCCUACUACUGUCUUCAUCUGCAUCAGGCGGUUCAUCACACAAGUUGGAUUUCAGUAUGCCGAGCAACAAACACAGGCAACACAGGCCUGCUCCGCACCAGUCAGGUGGUAGCAAACACCAUAGCAGCAGACACAGGCACAGUGAGCACAUGUCCAACCCAGCCUUUUCCUACUACCCACGAGAGGAGAUGCUUCACUUCUAUAGCUGGACUUCACCACCUGGUGUGAUGAAGAUAAUGUGCAUCAUCAUCAUCAUCAUGUGUGUGGCUGUGUUUGCCUGUGUGGCUGCCACACUGUCCUGGGACUACGAUAUGAGCCUCAUGGGUCUGGGAGGUGGAGCUGGCUUAAUGCCAGGUUAUGGCGGCUCGAAUGGCGGCUCUUAUGGCAGCUCUUAUGGUGGCAGCUCAUAUGGAGGCGGCUCUGGCACUGGCGGAUUCUAUGGCUAUGGAGAAACACAAAUGGAUCCUAAAGCUGGCAAAGCCUUCAUCAUCGCCAUUUCUGGCAUUACCUUCAUAGCUGUGCUCAUCAUAUUUGUGUUGGUUGUUUCGAGGCAAAAUACUGCCCGCUCAUCAAAGUUCUACCUAGCAACCAUCAUCAUCUGUGCCAUUUUGGCAUUUCUGAUGAUCAUCGCCACUAUCGUCUACCUGGUGGCAGUGAACCCAACAGCUCAGUCCACGGGGUCUGUCUACUACAGCCAGGUCAUCCAACUGUGUGCUCAGUACCAGAACCAGAACCAAGCCCAGGGCAUCUUCAUCAACCAGUACCUCUACCAUUACUGUGUGGUGGAGCCUGAAGAGGCCAUUGCUAUCGUCCUCGGCUUCCUGGUGUUUGUUGCCCUCAUUAUCCUGCUGGUGUUUGCAGUCAAGACUCGCUCCGCGAUCAGGCGCUGGGGCCGGGAUCGAAUUCUCUGGGAGGAAGUGCAGGCCGUCAAUAAUGGUCACAACAGCGUUGGGGAGUGGGUAAAAAACGUGUCUAGUGACCCAGAGGUGCUGUUGAAUAACCAUAAUCCCACAGUCAGAGGGUCAAGAGACUAUCUGGAUGAGCUGGAUCACAACAAGCCUCUUUACCUCCCAGGAGACUCAGACAUCAGCAGUUCUGUGGGAAUCCUAAAGGCCAAGAUGAAGGACUAUGACACUGGUGUGGAGUCUGGAAAUAACCUGGAGGAGGAGGACUUCUCUGUUUUGUUUCCUUCAAUUGUGGAUGAGCAAGAGCGUCUGAUCUACAAAAAGGAAUUUGACCACGAACACCGGGAAUACAAGAGCCUGCAGGCUGAGCUGGACAGCAUAAACCAGGACCUGGCUAGCCUGGACAGAGAACUGCACCAACACCCUGAUGGCAGUCCACAGUUCCUGGAUGCCAUGCAUGAAUACACCAGACUGAAGAAUCUUAAGAAGUCCCCAGACUACCAGAUUAAAAAGAAGAGGUGUAAAUAUCUGAGGUCAAAACUCUCGCACAUCAAGAGAAAGAUCAGUGAAUACGACCGCCGGCCUUAAACCAUCACCUCUGACUGCCUUAUGCAGGGAACAAAUGCAGAGACACAUUUUAAAUCCCCCCUAUUGUGUUUGAGUGUAUCAUAAACCAAUGUGGGAUUAUUAUAUUGGAAGUCUAUUGCUUUUAUAUUACAUCUGUAUCAAGCCAAUCAACUGUGAUUUUUUUUUUUUCACCAGGGGUUAAGGGUUGAAGGGUCUUUGAUCAAUUAUUCAACCUCUGUGAGUUUCAUGAAGAGCUUUUUUAUGUUUAGGCUAGAAAGUGAAAUGUAAAUUGAGAUGUUUUUGUUUCAAUAUUUGUUACUUUUAUGAAUUAUGCUUCUUUUAUAGCCUUUUUAAAAACAUGUUGACCGUUUCAUGUAGGCCUACAAUGAAGGAACAGAUAAUAUAAGACAUGAAUUUGCUCGAUAUCAUAAAACCACUGACCAUCCCUUGUAAAUAAUGUUCACUUUUAGACUUUUUUCUGUACUUUUUAUUGCUUUAGUUCAGUAAAUGGUGAAAUAUAUUUGUGAUUGUAAGUUAUUAUCAAAGACCUUUUGUCACGGUGGAUAUUAAAUGGAGAAACCCAAGUAUAAUUAA